AGGAGGAGGUGGAGGUGGAGUCUGUCCCAGCUCGCAUCUGGCCCGCUCCCCUCUGUGACACCCCAGGCCAAACCCACCCUGAGCCUCUCACUCAGUGUCCGCCUGUUCACAGAGCAGCACACACACACACACACACACACAUACACACACACGCAGAGGGCCAGGACACGGAAUGGAUACGGAAGGGAGCCAGAGCAGCCUGUCCACUACGGACUCCCCUCACGACCCCUGCAAAAUGUUCAUAGGUGGACUCAGCUGGCAAACAACACAAGAGGGUCUGAAGGAGUACUUUUGCAAGUACGGCGAAGUGAAGGAGUGUAUGGUGAUGCGAGAUCCGGUUACUAAGCGCUCGAGAGGCUUUGGAUUUGUCACCUUUGUGGAUCAGGCUGGUGUGGAUAAAGUUUUGGCCCAAACCCGGCAUGAGUUGGACUCCAAAACAAUUGAUCCGAAGGUGGCAUUCCCUCGGAGGGCUCAACCGAAGUUAGUGACUCGCACCAAGAAGAUCUUUGUGGGAGGCCUGUCCGUAAACACCACUAUAGAAGACGUCAAGCAAUACUUCGACCAGUUUGGAAAGGUGGACGACGCCAUGCUCAUGUUCGACAAGACCACCAACAGACACCGAGGGUUUGGCUUUGUGACCUUCGAGAACGAGGAUGUGGUGGAGAAAGUCUGCGAGAUCCAUUUCCACGAGAUUAACAACAAAAUGGUGGAAUGCAAGAAAGCUCAACCCAAGGAGGUGAUGUCCCCAACUGGCUCGGCCAGGGGGCGCUCUCGGGUGAUGCCCUAUGGAAUGGAUGCGUUCAUGCUGGGGAUUGGAAUGCUGGGUUAUCCAAGCUUCCAGACUGCCACCUACACCAGUCGGAGCUAUGCAGGCAUCACCCCCGGAUAUACCUACCAGUUCCCUGAGUUCCACUUAGAGAGGACUCCCCUUCUGACUUCACCCCACCCCCCUGAGCUCACAGCCAUUCCCCUCACAGCGUAUGGACCAAUGGCGGCGGCAGCGGCGGCAGCAGCAGUAGUCAGAGGCUCUACCCCAUCUCGCUCAGCUGGAUUUUUGGGAACCAGUAGCCCGGGUCCCAUGGCAGAACUUUAUGGAACAGCUGGUCAGGAGUCAGCGGUCAGCAGUUACCUCAGUGCUGCAAGUCCUGCCCCGAGCACUGGAUUCAGCCACAGUCUUGGGGGUCCUUUGAUCGCCACAGCCUUCACUAAUGGCUAUCACUGAGAAAUGCAGAUGUGUUGAUGCGGAGCUGGAGGGAGUUGGCGCUAUUUUGCAGGUGAUCUGGCCUGUUUGUGUCCACUUUGCCUCUCAAGGUGGGGGCAGCUGAAAAGCCCCAUCACACACACACACACACACACACACACACACGCGCACCCACACUGACGUCAACCUCAGCAUAAUCUCUUUUUAAAAAAAGAUUUUUUUAAAAAGCCAGCAAAAAGAACAAAACACAUACAAAUGCUGUAUUUUUGUGUUAUUUUUUUCCUGUUCUGUUCACUUUGCCGUAUGAGCGAUGGCUGCAUUUUGUGCUAUCAGGUUACCUGACCUCUUAUUUCUCUCAUAAAGAGCUGAAUCUCCAAGCAAAGGUCAGGAGCUGUACUAAAAAAAAAAAGUUCAUAAUGAAUUUUAACACAUGAUUUGUGAUCAAUUCCGUUUCUUGAAAAGGUGUCACAAAGUGUAUAUUGUUGUAGGUUUUUAACAAAAUCGCAUUACCUUUAAAAUGAAGAGGAGGGUCAUUGGUCACAGUUACAUGAUCGGCCUACAUGAGCUGUACAAUGUUGUAAAAUACUGUAAAUAUGACUUUUCUUUGGGGGUUAAGGAAGAAGGAUGGGUGUGGGGAGUGCAGCUACAGGAUAUUUAGGCUCUGGAAGGCUUUAGAGAAGUGAUACAUUUACUUCUUUUCAACAAUCCUACACUUUGUCACAUAUCAUAGAUCUCAGUAUGUGUCUGUCACUGUUAGACCAGCCAUACUUUUGCAUAGGCAUUUCUAUUUCUGUGUCACUUCAUUGAAAAGCUGCUCUGAGUUCAGCGAAGGGAGGAGUUGUCUUUAUUAUUGUAUUGUUUUUGAGGGUGGGUGGGAGGGUAUACGUUCACGGAAAAAUGCUCCUUACACGCCAGAGGGGGGGAAAAGCAUGCUGUUUUCCUAUUUUGUCAUAUUGUUUUUACUGUGAUUUUCAAGAUGUGAAUAUUGUUUAUGGAGGAACAUGAAGGACUAGUCUGUUACACACACACAAACACUAAUAGCCACUUUCUUCUCUGUGCUGAUUGUGUGUUUGUGUGUUACAUGGUUUCCUAAACAUGUACCAUGUUGUUUAUGGUUGAGGAGGGAGGUACCUCUGUGCAAAUGUGAAAUUUUAAUUAGACUUUUUAAUAAUACAUUAACAUUCUUAUUGAAAAUGUGUAAAUGCUACAUCCAUCAGUGCAUAUCCACUUCAGGGCAUAGUUUUACAGCAAAAUAACUGCAUUGGAAGUGAAUAGGAUGUUGCACUGGCUGACCAAUAUAAGAAAACUUUGGCAAAAUAACAAACACUCCCAAUCUACAAUAUACCUAAAAGAUUUUCAGAUUUUCAUUGACCUUCUCACUCACCGGCACAACUGCAGGUAGUUCAUAUACUUUGACGCUGGAAAACAACAAUCUUGUCAACACUGUAACCUGAAUUUCACUUUUCUUUUGUGGAAAAAAAAAAGCUUUUUAAAAUUCCUAAUAAAUUAUUUAAAAACACUCCA